UAUAACAUGUGAGAAACAUCGAUGCAUCGAUAGUGCCAUCGAUGUAUCUUCAUCUCUAGCUAGUGUGCGAAUUCCAAAAGUCGUGCACGUCCAGAACUGGUCGGUUGACAGCAACAACAUAAAAUAAUCAUAAUAAUAAUAAUAAUAAUAAUAAAGACAACUCAACUCGACAUCAAAAAUAGACAGCCGCCUCUGUGUUAAUAGAAGACACUACGUUCUUUAUACUUUAUACAGUAAACAAGUCUAGUCAACAAACAAACAGACCAAAUGAGCGCACAACACUUUUUCCUCCUCUUCUAGCUAAAAACGAGCAGCACAAACCAAACCAAAAAGAAAAAUAAAAUCAUAAAAAUUAAUAAAUCAAAUAAUACCAAAUUUGCUACACAAAUACCCAGACACACGCACGCACACUUAGUCCAAGAUGCGUGUGGUGGCAAUGGUAAGUGGCGGCAAGGAUAGCUGCUACAACAUGAUGCAGUGCGUCGCCGAGGGUCACGAAAUUGUCGCGUUAGCCAAUUUGCAUCCAAAGGAUCGAGAUGAGCUGGAUAGCUUCAUGUAUCAGACCGUUGGACACAUGGGCAUCGAGAUACUUGCCAACGCAAUGGGGCUGCCACUUUAUAGACGGGAGACCAAGGGCAAGAGCACACAGACAGGCAAACAAUAUGUGCCCACCGAUGAUGACGAAGUUGAGGAUCUCUACAGUCUGCUCGAGACGUGCAAGCACGAACUCAAUGUGGAAGCGGUAGCCGUUGGGGCCAUAUUGUCAGACUAUCAGCGGGUACGCGUGGAGAACGUGUGCAGUCGCCUCAACUUGAUAUCCUUGGCCUAUCUGUGGAGGAGAGAUCAGACUGAACUGCUGCAGGAGAUGAUCGACUGUCAGGUGCACGCCAUCAUCAUAAAGGUGGCUGCAUUGGGCUUGGUGCCCGAUCGCCAUUUGGGCAAAUCGCUGCGUGAGAUGCAGACGCAUCUGCUGAAGAUGCGCGACAAGUAUGGUUUGAAUGUGUGCGGCGAGGGCGGUGAAUAUGAGACAUUUACGCUCGACUGUCCGCUGUUCAAGCAACGGAUCGUUGUCGAGGACAUUCAGACGAUUAUUAGCAGUGCCGAUCCCAUUUGUCCCGUUGGCUAUAUUAAUUUCACGAAGCUAACGCUACAACCGAAGGAGCCAAAUGCCGGCGGUGAUGUGGUGUUUGUUAAGAAAUCCCUUGACUAUAUUAGCGAUCUCAACGAAUCGACGUACAGUGAUUUGAGUGAUCCGGAUUUCAGUGAAACGGAAUUGGAGCUAAUUGAGAAGGAGACGCGAUUGCGUGAAUCGUUGAGCCAGAAUGAGUUGAUAUCGCGCAGCAAUUCAUUUGGACGCCAUUUGGCCACAUCAUCGUCCUCGCCGAUACCCAUUGUAACGAAGAGCGCCAGCGUCGACGAGCCCAUACCGACGGCAGCGGGGGGCGGUAGCUGCAUCACUGGCAGCGCCUCACUGCUGCUGCUGGCCAAUGCGAAUCAAUCGACAUCGACAUCUGCAUUGGGCGGCGCCACAGCCACCGCUGCCACAAACAGUGGCGGUGGCAAUUGCAAUAGCAAUGCCAUUGGCCUUGGCCUUGGUAUCGGAAGCAAUGCAUUGCAGGCGAAUAGUUGCUGCGGCUUUGGCAGCUCACAUCCAUUGGGCAGCAGCACGGCCGCCGUAUGCGGCUCGCUGUCGCUGGCCAUCUCCUCGCUUGGGCUGAGCACGACGCAGUGCAACAAUAAUGCGGCGACGGCGACGAUGCCGCCGGGCCAAACACAGCCACCGAGUCCCAUGAAAUAUGAGCGAGAGUUUCGUCCACUCGCCAAUGAGCCGCGUGCGGCCAUCAAUGCCAAAGGCUGGAUGUGGCUGGCUGGCAUACAGGGCUGUGCUGCUACCAUGGAACUGGGCAUGCAACAGGCAUUGGACACGCUGCGUCAACUGUGCCACACUCAUGGCUAUGAGCUGUCGGAUCUGUGCUUCACCACACUCUAUGUGCGCUCCAUUGCCGAGUAUCCGGCACUGAAUAGCGUCUACUUGCAGGCGUUUAACUUUCACAACCCGCCGACACGUGUGUGCGUCGAGUGUCCGCUGCCAGACGAUUGUCAUGUGAUUAUGGAGGCCAUCGCAUAUCGGGCGCCGGCCACGCAUAGCGGCGAUGAUAGCGAGGAGACACAAACGCUGCUCAAUGGCCGACGCAAUACGAUGCAUGUCCAGGGCAUCUCACAUUGGGCGCCAGCCAAUAUUGGUCCAUAUAGUCAAUCCACGCGGAUUGGCGACAUCACGUACAUUUCGGGCCAAAUUGCGCUGGUGCCGGGCAGCAUGACAAUCAUCGAGGGCGGCAUUCGGCCGCAAUGCAAACUGACGUUGCGUCACAUCAGUCGCAUUGCCAAGGCAAUGAAUGCUCAGGGCCAGUUGCGUGAUGUUGUCCACGGCAUCUGCUUUGUCACCCAUCCGGCAUUCAUUGGCGAAGCGCGACGCCAGUGGGAGCGACGCACCACCAACGCCAUCAUGGACUACAUUGUGCUGCCCGCCCUGCCCCGCGACGCCCUCGUUGAGUGGCAAGUCUGGGCGCACACGCACAACGAUCGUUUCGACUAUGAGGAAACCGGCUGCUCGGUCAGUGAUUAUACGAUUUCGAUACGUCGUCGCUGGAACUACGAGAACAAUUGUGCGGCGAUUGUUUGCUACGUGGCCACCGGUCUGGCCUCCUCCACGACCCAGUUGACGCAGCUAAGCGACGAUGUGCUGAGCAAUCACUGUCGUCUUGCCCAAUGCCUGAGCGUCGAGAAUCUGGACGAGAUACUCACAUACAUUGUGAAUCGUCUGCUCAAGGAUUAUCCGAUAGCGAAACGACAACAACAACAACAACGUCCAUUGGAAGCGCCACGUGAUGUUGUCGCUGAUGGCGAGCAGACAUCAACAACAGCAACAACAACUACUACAACAACAGCAACAACUGCCAUGCCCACAGAGGCAACAUCAAUGCCACAACAACAACAACAGUUGCCACCCGGAGGCGCUGGCGAUCAGCAGCCAUCGUCGUUAGGGGGCGGAGAGGCGGCAACAAACGCGACGGCAGCGAACAGCAAAUUGCCAGCGAUUCACUUGAAACUGUUCUAUCAGGUGAAUGCGGCACCGCCAACGGAUCUGCUGUUGCAGGCGUUGCAUGACUUCAGGCACAAGUGCCACGAGAUGGCGUCCAUUGUGUACACGGUGCUGCCGGCGUGCAGUCUGCACAACUUUAGUACGUUCCUGUCCAUAUGUGGAGUGCGGCACGAGUAAGGAGGGAGGAAAGAGAUAGACGGAGGCAGAGAGAGAGAGUGUGAAAUGGAGUGAAGAGUGGAGAGAGGAGAGAGCAUGGGCAACUGGAUGGAGCUAAAACGUCCAAAGUUUCAAUUUUGAAACAAAAACACCAAUACACAUAGAACACACACAUAUACACACACACACACGCACACUACUUUAAACUAAGAAUGCAGGCUGCAAGACGCCCAUUUGUUGAUAUUGUUAACUAGCAUCUGUAUCUAUUAACUAUAUACAUAUAUUUACUAUAACUAUUUACAAAACAAACAAAGAAAAAAAACAGCCACAAAUUGUUUCGGACCAACAACAACAACUAGAAAACGCAAACAAAUUGAUGCAUGGCAACUCGAAAGUGUUUCAAAAUUUAAUCAUAAUAAAAAUAUACAAAGAAAAAUGGGGAAAACAACAAAACUAAACCAAAA